AUGGGUAUAAUAUUCAGUAGUUGUGCUCCUGAUCGUCCAGACGAUGAGAUACAAACAGAUAAUCCAGUAUCAACUUAUAAACCAGCACCAAUAGAACAUAGUGUAGAUAGACCAAAGGUUGAUAUUGGUGCUGUAUUAAACAAGCCCUUAGCUACAGCCACAUCUACAACAAAGGUUCAAAUAGAGAGAAAGGUUAUAAAGAUAGAUGAUGAGGAUAUAGAUGAUAUUGAUGAGGAUGAGGACGAGGAGGAAUCAAACACCAACAACAAGAAUAAAAGGAAUGUUAAUGUCAACAACAACAGUAACAAUAAGAAGGGAACUGGAAAUAGUGGCAUACCAAAGGAUAGUCAGACAACAGAGCAACAACAUACCCCAAGUGUCGAUCUGACAAAUGUACCAUUAAGCAAACCGGCAAAGGAACCAAUGAAGUUGGGAGACAAGAAGCCACCACCUGUAUUUAAAGCAUCGGCAACUGCUAUACCAAAGACAACGCCUACCACUACAACAACGACAACGACGACAACAGAAUCAAACAAGAUAAAGCCAGCCGAGCCAGCUUUGAACACAAGGUUCACAAUCGAGCAGUCAACAGCAACAAGUGGAAUGGACAUGCCUGCAGGUGACUGGGGCGACGAUGACAUUGUGAUUGAAGGUGGCGAUGAUGAAGAAGACAAUAACGAGCAACAGGAAGAGGAGGAUGAACAACCAGCAGCGCCAGCAAUGAAGUUAGUAUCGCCAGCCAAGUCAUCCAUUGUUUGGAAUGAUAAUGACGAUGGUUGGGAAUAA